AUGACUUUAAUUAAUAAUCUUAAAGGACUUUGUUCAUUCCAAUUAAAAUCAAAUCAAUCCAAUCUAUUUCAAACCAGUACAGACUUGCAUAAUAUUAAUACAUUGAACAUAGAACAAUCCGAUAAUUCUACAACCAUGCGUGUUACAUCUCGUAGAUUUCAAAUAAAUGUUCAUAUAAUGCGUGUACUAUAA